CGUAAUCUCCAGCAUAAAUUUUAACAGUUCAUUCCAAAUUUAUACCAUGAUUGAGAACAUAUAUUUGUAUUAAUUAUUUUAUAACAAAUUAUUUGAAAAAAUAUAUAUAUUUAAUUGAAAAGAAUAAUGGUCAUGCAUAUCCUUGGACAGCUAUCAGCUAGACGCGUAGAAGGGCCCAAACGUCAUAUGUUUUGGCUCCGAGCUGCACUGCCCGACUUUCUUCCCACCUGUGAGGUGGAUUUCUAUCUUUCACCAGAAUAGUUUAGCUUUAGCAAACAUGUCAUCGCCGCUGACGAAGCCUCAGAUUAUCGCGCAUAUUCAGAAGAGUUUGAACUACACGGUGUUCGACAGCAGGUGGAUACCGUGCAGUGCCAAGUUCGUUUGCUUGGGGAACUUUCCCAGAGGAACCGGAGUGAUUCAAAUCUACGAGGUGCAGCACGGAGAGGCUCAUCUAAUCAAAGAAGUAGAAAAACCAAAACCCAUAAAGUGUGGGACGUUUGGGGCCACCUCAUUCCAACAAAGACACAUAGCGACGGGGGACUUUGAUGGAAACCUCAAUAUAUGGAAUCUGGAAGCACCUGAUUUGCCGGUCUACACCGCAAAGGCCCACAAAGAGAUCAUAAAUAGUAUAGAUGGUGUUGGCGGCCUGGGAAUUGGCGACGGCGCUCCUGAGAUAGUCACUGGAAGCAGAGACGGAACAGUAAAAGUAUGGGACCCCAGACAGAAGGAUUCGCCUGUGGCCAAUAUGGAGCCGGUGGAAGGAGAAACCAAGAGGGACUGCUGGACUGUUGCAUUUGGCCACGCCUUCAAUGAUCAGGACCGGUGUGUGUGCGCUGGCUACGACAACGGCGACGUCAAACUCUUUGACCUGCGCAACAUGUCCGUGCGCUGGGAAACCAACAUCAAAAAUGGGGUGUGCUGUGUGGAGUUUGACCGGAAAGACAUCAACAUGAACAAGCUGGUGGCCACCUCGCUGGAGGGGAAGUUCCACGUGUUCGACAUGAGGACCCAGCACCCCGCCAACGGCUUCGCCUCAGUUUCCGAAAAGGCUCAUAAGUCAACCAUCUGGCAGGUGAGACAUUUGCCUCAAAACAGAGACAUCUUCAUGACUGCAGGGGGAGCAGGAAACCUGCAUCUAUGGAAAUAUGAAUAUCCUGCUCAGAGGAGCAAAAAGGACUCGGACGGGGCGGACGUGGGUGUUGCCGGGUCGGUCAGCCUCCUGCAGAACGCCACUCUGUCCACGCAGCCAAUCGCCAGCCUGGACUGGAGCCCCGACAAGCAGGGCCUGUGCGUGUGCUCGGGCUUCGACCAGUCGGUGCGCGUGCUCAUCGUCACGAAGCUCAACGCGGUGUGAGCCGCCCCGCCCUCGCCGCCGGCCAGAGCGGACACGGCAGCCGGGAGGCGAAAAGCACCAGCUGUAUCGUCCAGCUGAGAGCCGGACAGGCCUUAAACUGACUCAUCGCUCUGCUGAGCGGUAACCCUGAAAACGUGCUGCUGAGUCAUGUGAGGAACGCUCCUGGAACACAACCGUUCUUCCGAUUUCACCACAGCCCGACGCAGGACGGAGACCUGAGUCACUCGGCUGUCGGCCGGGAAGAGAGGCUCUGCUCCUGUUGUGCUGACGACAGCUUUGUGCUCGUUAAAGUUGUAACUUUUGAUAUGAUUGUUUUUUAACUGUGAUUUCUGAUUAAAUCUUUCUUUCUGGGGGGAAAAAAGAACUGAGUCUUCAGUCUAAUGUGACUCCCUUACAUCAUGAGUAAAUAAUCCUUUGUUUAUGAGCACAGCACAACAUAACACAUCUCUUUUUAUAUGGAUGAAGCAGUCCUCCACACACACACACACAAACACACACGACUCUGAGGGGCUUCAAACAUUCUCAUAUCCAGCAUUUGAACCUGAAGAAGUCCUGUAGCUCUGGGUCAUCCUCAUGCCUGUCGUGGAUUCUGGCGUAGACGCUUUUCACCAGCUUGGUCUUUGACUUUCCAUCCAAAAUAUCGAUGUAUUUCUCAAUGCAGCCUGGCCCAUGACUUUGCCGUGCGCCACCAGGCUGGGGCCCAGCUGAGGGUGGUCGUACUGCUCCUGGGACAUCAGCAUCCGGACUAUCUCCCCAGUGAUGAAGGCGUCGUCGAAGCUCUGCUCGGCCGCCGGCUUCAGGGGGAACCGGCAGUACACGUCUACGGCGGCCUCGGGCUCCGACGGCUCCAGAAGCUGCACCAGCUCGAUGUAGGCGUCGUGGACCCCUGGUGCCAUGGAGAUGACCUCCCGGUAGAGCUGCUGGGCCCGGGGGUGUUUGUCCGCGGAGCGUGAGAGGGCCCGGGCCAGACCCAGGCGGGGGGCGUGGGACGGGCGGUUCAGCGGGCCCGG